AUGCGGCCGCUGACGGAGCUGGUGCGCCACAUGGAGCCGGCGCACUACGACCGCCGCCUGCUGCUGCCGCAGCGCCGCGAAUCCGGCGCCGACGACGCGGACGUCGACGCCGAGUACAGCCUGCAGCGGGAGCUGCGCCUCGACGUCACCACACACGGCAGGACGUACCGUCUGCGGCUGCGGCCCGAGCAGAACCUGUUCGCGGAGGGUGCAGUGUUCGAGUCCAGCCGCGGGCCCGUCCACUUCGACGUCCGCAGGGUGCUAACCGGCACGCUCGAGGGUGACGAGUCUGCGGUGGUGAGGGGCGUCGCGACGGCGGACGGGCUGUUCGACGGCCACGUGUGGACGCCGGCGGACGGGGACGACGUGCUGUACAUCGAGCCCGCGUCGCGCUACCUGCUGCCGGCGGCGGCGGCGGCCGAGGCGGAGGAGAACGACGUCGGCAGCGGGGGCGCUACACAGCACGGCCCUACCUCCUCAACGGGGACUUCCGGACCGCACCCCCAGCCUGCCAGUGUUCCACCCCCAGCGGCGGCCUACGAGGCGGGAAGCAAGGCUGGCGAACGCCUCUCUCCGUCCACCCUACAAGAGGCGAACGCCACCGGCGCCGAUUCCGCAGCCGGGUCCAGCGACCGCCCCCGCCGCCGCCGCAGGCGCUGGCUGCCCGACCUGGAGCUGGACCUGACGCCGACCGUGCCGGAGGACCGCGACUCGCGGCCCGCCCGCCGGAGGAUCGUGACGUCGGCCUCCGCGGCCGCCUCCACCGCCAUCGACCCCCGCAAGACCACCUGCAUGCUCUACCUGCAGGCUGACCACCUCUUCUUCCAGAAGUACGGCACCGAGGAGGCCUGCAUUGAGGUCAUGACGCGCCACGUCCAGAGGGUCAACGACAUCUACCGCAUCACUGAUUUUGACCAGGAUGGAAAACCAGAUAACAUUAGCUUUAUGAUCAAGAGAAUAAAGGUGCAUACUUUAGAUGCCUUAAAGGAUCCAACCUAUCGGUUCCCGUUAAAUUACGGAGUUGAGAAGUUCCUGGAGCUUUUUUCUGAGGAGGACUACGAUGCCUUCUGCCUGGCCUACAUGUUCACCUACCGAGACUUUGAGAUGGGCACCUUGGGCCUGGCAUGGACAGGUGACCUCAAGAACGCUGGAGGAGUCUGCGAGAAAAAUGGACACUAUCGAGGAAGCAUGAAGAGUCUCAACACGGGGAUAGUGACACUGCUCAACUAUGGCAAACACGUACCACCAGCUGUUUCGCACGUCACCCUCGCUCACGAGAUUGGACACAACUUUGGUUCUCCGCACGAUCCAGACUCAUGUACUCCCGGAGGUGAGGAUGGCAACUUCAUAAUGUUCGCGAGGGCGACUUCGGGUGACAAGAAGAACAACAACAAGUUCUCGCCCUGCAGCAUCAGCAGCAUCAACCCUGUGCUCAAUACCAAGGCCCGCAGCCCCAAGGGCUGCUUCACAGAGCCGCAGAAGUCGCUGUGUGGCAACGGCGUGGUGGAGCCGGGCGAGCAGUGCGACUGCGGUUGGGGCGAGGACUGCCGCGACCCGUGCUGUUACCCACAGACGAGCAUACCCCGUGAGGAUGCGCCGCCCUGCAGGCUCACCCCGCGCAGCGCCUGCAGCCCCUCGCAGGGUCCGUGCUGCACGACCGACUGCCAGAUCAAGUUCGGAGACAAGUGCCGAGAGGACAACGGCUGCCGGGACGCGAGCUUCUGCAGCGGUCGCAAUGCCAUGUGCCCGCCGUCCCUCAACAAACCCAACAAGACUGUCUGCAAUGAGGAAUUUGUGUGCUUCAUGGGGGAAUGCACGGGCUCCAUAUGCCUCGCCUACGGACUGGAGUCGUGCCAGUGUACUCCCGGGCCCAACGACAAGAAGACGAAGGCUUGCGAGUUGUGCUGCAAGCAGCCGGGUGAGAACCAGCCCUGUCUGUCGUCAUUUGAAUGGAACCAGUAUCCGUACGAUGUACCUGACAUGUAUGCAAAACCGGGAACACCGUGCAACGAUUACAACGGUUACUGUGACGUCUUCCAGAAAUGUCGCGAGGUCGACCCGUCAGGACCUCUAGCGACACUUCGCAAACUGCUCCUUUCGGACGAGAGCAUUGCCUCGUUCAAGAAAUGGGUCAUACAGUACUGGUAUGCUGUGCUCUUCAUUGCGGUUGGAGUCAUUCUCCUCAUGGUACUGACCGCGAAGCUGCUCGGGAAGCGGCCGGGCGCGAAGAAGCUGAAGCAGGUGACGAUCGUCCACAGCUCGACGACGGAGACAGUGCGGCUGCCGGCGGAGGGCGGAGACGGGGCUCUGGCCACGGUGCAGCACCCCACCGUCGUCCGGCCUAAGCUGCCGCUCAAACGGCGGGUGCGCGAGGGCGCCGCCAGUGCCACAGGAGCAGUAACAAGAAUACACAGGAAAAAAACGACACACCACGCACUCAAGAGCAAGCGACGAAGGAAGAAAGUAGCCGCUUCAGAUGAGCAGAAAGUAGACAAGAAACUGGGAGCUGUAGAAAAAAGGGCAGACAAAAACUUGGGAGCAGAGGGGAAGAGACCACCCAUCCCAAAGAGGAAGACUGCACCAGGGCAAGAGAAAAAGAAUAUAACGGCGAAGAAACACACGGCAGCUGAAGACGACGGGUACGCUCCGCUCGAAAAUGUAGCGAAGGUGGAGGAGGUGACGGCAGCAGAAAUCCCCCCAGUACAGAAGACGACAGACUGCCAACGAAGACAGUGUGCAGCAGUAGCGACAGAAAAAUGUCCGGGAACCGUUACGGACAACUCGCAGGUAGGAGGAGGCGUUUCCUGCUCCGUUCCACCAGUGGCGGGAUUGACCGACAGCAGGUCACAUCCAAUAGCCACCGAGAAGCCUUCACCGGAGAAGCGCCCGAAGCUAGAGAAACAGAUGUCCGAAGUGACUGACAGGUCUGCAGUGCUGAGCAGGGAUAAGAGGCGCUCCCUGCAGUAUGUUCCUAGGAGUAAGAAGAGCCUGACGUGUCACCAGCUGUCGUCAGAGGCCACCUCGGCUACAGAAUGUCAGGAGGGCAAAGAUUCCAAACAACAGUCUCCGGAGCAUCCGCCACCGGCGACCGCACCACGACCGGGAGCAGGAGAUGACCUGCUGCCGCAGGAGGGUGUGUCUGGAAAACUGCAGGCGGCCGAAAAGCGAAGUGCGAGGGAUCCCGAGAGGCAGGCUCCGGACUGCACGAGUUCGGCGGCAGCGGUGGGCGUCCCGUCCGGUCCGAGUGCCGGCGGAAAGAGACACACGCUGGGCCGACCGCUCAGCGUCGACAGCGACAGGAAGGAAGUGCGGGCGUCGGCAGUGUCCGCACCCCAGAAGACGCCGGAGCUCGCGACGUUCACCAGGCGGAAUACACUCGGUAACAUCCCGACAGCUGCGGCCGAGAAAUCGUCGCUGCCUGUCGUGGAGAAGAGGCCGGCUGCGGAGAACCCUCCGGUGGUGGCCAUCAUCCCGGACAGGCAGAGAGCCGCAGGAGACAGGAAGCGACCCCCGUCACCCUCUGACAGACGGAGAGGCCAGGACACUAAGAGGGGCAGUGCGGAGAAGAAGGGCGCCCACAGGACGCGGCACAAGGCAGAGGUCAUCGACUACAGUGCCAACGCUACCCCGCCGACUGCUGCUCCCGCGGCCGCCGCCGUACCGGAGAGUGAUCCGGUGAGCAAAGUCCAGAACUGGCUGAUGUCGACGGAGCAGCCGGUACCGCGGUCACGCUCCACACCUGCCGGUCUGACAGAAAAGGCAGCUGGUGUCGGCAGGUCGGGCAGUGGGGGUGACCUGAAACCUGCCGGCGGCAGGAAGGCGCAGCUGCAGUUGCUGUAUGGUGGACCUUUCAAGUUCAAGCUCAAGUUCAAAAAGCCCGCUGCCACGUCGACAUCUGCUCCAGCGGCGAGAGCUGGAGUCGGGCGGUCGGCGGUGCCGGGUAGGCGCGGGAGGGCUGGCCGGGCGCGGACCCCGGCCGUCUCCCCCGAACUGGCACUCGCCGCCGAGGACGUCGACUCCAACCUGCACACCGUCCCGUCCGACCUCGAAGUCCUGCUUUCCGAGAGCGAGUUCCUCUUCUCCGAAGACAGGGACGGGGCGUGACGACUGCCCGUGACACACGCCCACCACUGUUGGACGGUGCCGGGAGUGUGCACCUCCUGUUCUAAAUAUAUGUUGCUGUACGUCUGAGAGAUGGGCCGGGAUUAUUAUCUUGUCAGCUGCUAAAGAUGUGCUUUGGACAUGUCCAGGAAGCUAAUAAAUAAUUGUGAUCGAUACAGAGUUUAGUAGUUCGGGGAAAUUUUCAGUUCUAUACAGAGUAGUGCGUGCCGAGCAGUUCACGAGGAAGUUAUGUACAUAGAUUGCUUCCCUUUAAAAUAAAAAUUGGUUUUUAUUUCUAUUUUUGGAAGGUAUUUCAUACAUUGCUAUGAGGGAUGAAAGGAUAACACUGAAUGGCUUGGAAAGUUUACCAAUUGCCAGUGUUCGAACAUGAGUCUCAUUUCUAGUCAGAUUCACUGCUAAUGAUGAGUACUGUGGAGCCUUCCUCAAAUCCAGUUUCUUGUCCAAGAUUGUUUCACGAACCUGUUCUAAUUGUUUGUACGGAAACAGUGCCAGAUUUCUUCCUAGGUGUGUCUAGUAGACACGGAAAGUAAUGUGAAUUGGCCAUAAGACAAUUCUCUAGCUGGCCGUAACUGUCGGUUGUGCGAGCUGCCCAAUGCUCGAUUCCUGAAGAAAGUGAUCUGGUGUUUGUGUUCUCAGCUCAAUUUAUAAACUCUACAGCCUUGUUUGUCAAUCACACCAAAGCUUCUAUCAGCAGCUGUCCUAUUGUAUGUAUGUUCUUGACUGCGCAAGUUCAUGUUGCAAAGAAGCCUUUCCAUUUCCAAACUUUUGUAUGACAAUACAUUGUUUACCUACAUACAUUUCCACUGAAUGAAAUCACCCGUUUUCCUUCCUAAUGAAUUGGUGUGUGUGUGUGUGUGUGCGCGCGCGCGCGCGCGGGCACGCUUGUUUGUUUUGAACCAAUAAUAACACAAAGGCUACCAUUUUAUCAUUCACUUCGUAUGAGGAAAGCCAUGACUAUCAAAUGUUGCAUCUUUUUAAUUGGGAUCUCAGUAAUUUGGAUUACAAAUUCUAAUAAUUAUUCAACGGACAUUUGAGGCCAGAAAAACCACUGAUAUGAACAGCUUCACAUGCAGUUAGUCAGACACGAUUUUCAACCCCUGACUGUUUGCACAAGUUAUACUUAUUGAGGAUGCCAUCUCUCACAAAAUGGAGGCUGAAGAAAGAAUUCCACUAUUCAGCCAUGUGCACUGCCAUAAAAAAGUGAAAAUGCACAAAUGGUGCACGUUGUUUACCCUACCCCAGUUUAUGGAAACUACGCAUUUUAUUAACUUCACGAUUAGUGUGGCACUUCUGAGAAACUAUUAGAGCAGAUCGAAUCAAGCAGAAACAGUGAAUAUGAGGUUUAUCUUCAUUGUAGGGAUGCAACCGUACUCUGCAGUUCACUGUGAAAUGCAUGGCAGAGGGUAAUCCUUGGAGUGCCACCUUAUUUAGUUUCUUCCCUCUCCAUUUGUCUGUGGGGCACCAGUAUAAUGGUUGUGUAAAUGUCUAUGUGGACGUCUGUUGUAGCCUCAGGGAAAUUUAAUACCAUUUAUUUUUUUAAUCUGUUUCUCUUGGCUUUUCACAAACCCACAAGCAAGUUCUCUCUGUCUCUGAUGUACCAUGUUUUUAUCCAAUGGAUUGUCAGGUGCAUUUUCUGUGGUGUUUCGGCAGAUAUUUGCAAUUUCAUUUCUGCAGCACGUAGCUGGAGUCAGCCCAAACAAAUCCCACUCAUCACGUCUUUCAUACAACACCCAGCAUCGACAGAAGAUGUCAGCUUGUUUCCCGAUACAAACAAAAUUAUUAAUUCGGAAUUUUACGUGCAUAUUCGAUAGAGUGGCCCAAAUUGGUCUAGUGUAUUAUUUCUUUUAUUGAUAGAUAUUAAUGAGAACAGUAGAACACAAAGAAUAACCAGUACUCCAGUAGCAACUUAGGACCACUGCUGCACAGCAGUAGCAGUCACCGCAGGCCAGGAUGGAGUACUGAUUAUUCUUCUGUUUUAUGUCCCUAUUAAUACAUGACAAUAAAACAAAUGUUGCACUAGAUAAACUCGGGACCAUUCUGUCGAAUGAGAACAUAAAAUUACACUUUAAAAAUAUUUUUUUUUUUUUUUUCUUUUGUAACAGGAAACAACUUCCAUUGAUGUUCGGCAUCGCAUGAAAGAUGUGAUGAGCAGUAUUUGUUUGGGCUGAUUGCAGCUACAUGUUGCAGAAACAAAACUGCAAUUGUCUGCUGAAACAUCAGAGAAAAUGCACCUGAUGACUCUUAGGAGAGAGUCUCUCUCUCUCUCUCUCUCUCUCUCUCUCUCUCUCUCUGUGUGUGUGUGUGUGUGUGUGUGUGUGUGUGUGAGAGAGAGAGAGAGAGAGAGAGAGAGAGAGAGAGAAAAUACAUAAGAAGUAAUGGGAAAAGUGUGGCAGCAGAAGGGAGAGUGUGAGAUGGAGUAUGAACCACUGUCACCCCCCACAGGCUCUGCAGGAAAGCAGGUGGAUGUGCAGGACAGAAGCAGACAGAAAUUUAGAGAGAUCACUACUGGAUUCCACUUCACAUUUCUCCCUGGCUGGUAUUUCAUUUCACAUCUACCUUCCUUGUCUCAUGCCUCACUACCUCCAUCCACUGCUGAUGGAGCUGAGCUUGUCUUCAUAUUGCUGUUUUCAUCCUCCACAGCUGCUUAAAGUGUAUAGAUGACAGGGCUGUGUGAAAUAAAGGAUGUUAAAAAAAAGUAUGCCAUAUUUUGAGUGGACAAAAACAAAAAAAGUUUAGUAAACAUGUAGUCUUAAAUGCAUACCUUAAGAGCUAAAAGCACUUGUUCUUCUUUGCUGCUGUCAUAUGAAUCUCUUCUACCGAAAGCUUUGUUUUUCAUUACGAAUGAUCUACACAAUGCAGUAAACAAAUGAGUAACAGCAGAGCUUCUAAUGUAACCUGCUUCCUAUUACAUAUGACGUGCACCAGUGAACCAUAGCAGAAUAUCACGACUGCCAUUUUCCACGUGUGAUAAUAGGCUCCAUUAUGCUGGUAUGUUCAAAAAUAAAAUUACCGUGUAAAACCAUUUCACAAACUGCUCACAUUAAAACUAAUGUGCGCGCUGCACUCACCCAGAACUGUGAAUAGUUUACAGUAACAACAUUAACAGAUGUUUACUGCAUGCUGUAUCUCUGGACAAUAACAGAGAAAUGUGUUCUCAAUGUAGGUCCUCUGUAAUAGCAGAGAGCUUGGAGCAGAGGAGAUACAUUUCAUAGUAGUGAAGAUGAACAACUGUUCAUAGCUCUUAAGGUAUGCAUUUUAGAGCUCAUAUUUGCAAUACAUUUUAGUCUUGUUUUGUCCGUACUACCACCACUCAAGAUAGGGAAUCCUUUUACUUUAACACUGUCUAUAAGGCUGUACACAUUUUCACAGAAAUUCCCUAUAUUAAGAAUACUUCUACCUUUUCGACUGACGUGCAGGUUCUUUUCCUUUUUUUUUUCCAGGAUUCAUCUUAUUUUAAAAGUUACAUUCUUUCUCUCAAAACUGAGAAAGUUUCAGUGAGAACUGAUUUGUCUACUAGUGGCUUAACACAACUUUCUCAUACCUUCCAAUGUGCCAAAAAUGGGAGAAUAUCUUUCCCUGCAAAAAAAAAAAAACUGAAUUUGCUGUCUUUGUAAAGAACUAAAUAAUGGAGUAAAACUUUUGUACAGAUAAGCUUUACAAAAUAGCGAUAACUGUUUCCUGAAUGUUAACUACCAAGUCGAGUGUAUAUAAUAUUAAUGUAUGAACUGUUCCCCAAAAGGUAGCAUUUCAUUUAUACACAGUAUGCACUGUGUGUCUGUGAUAUAUUGGCAUUAUUGUUAGCUUGACUUCUUACGGAACGUAGCUGUUUGUUAUGUGUUUCGGUAACUUGUUUUGAAAGUGCUUUUGUUUGCUUCAAUUGGUGCUCUUGCUGGGUUAUGGUGUCUGUGACUGUGUUAUAUGUGGUCUUCCAUAACUGGACACUUAUGUGUAUUUAAUAAGCACUGUAAAUGUUUCACAGAAGGCAGCUAUUUACGACUGGAAAUUGCGAUGCUAAUUCCUUGCAUAUAGAUGAAUGUAACUUCUGUAUGAACAAAAAUGUUAAAAGUAUAUUCUUUAUAUAUGAAAAUACUAAAUUUAUAUUAAAUCUGUUUCCUGUAGUUUAAUUUUUAUUUAAGUUUAAUAUUUAUUAACUAGGUGACAGGUGGUUAAUGUCUUUGUUGUGAUACUUCAUAUACCAAACUUAAGUGAUUCUCUAAUUGUUCAGAAGCAGUCAUUACAUUAAUCCAACAAACUUUUCCUUUCAUAUUUUUUGAAUUCAAGCAGAGGUUUCAGUUACUUUGAAGAAAAUUGUGAAAUUUCAAGUGUAAAAAAACCAUUAAGAGUUGGCAGUGAAAUAUGUUAUUACUACAUUGUAGCUGAUUAGCUCAUUGCUCUGUCUUGUAUGUUUCCGGCCUUUGUUUUCACAUUGUCUGUGGAAAGUGUUUCUGGACUGAUUGAUAAAGAAUUAAUUUAACAACAUUCCAUAAUAUAGUAUUAUUAUUAUUUUAUUAUAUUACGAAGUAAGAGUCUGCAAUGAAGAUGGUGUUUUAUUUGCAUUUAAUGCUCAUUUUGAAAAACAUUUAUUUUAAUCAUCUAUUAGAAAAAGUGUUUUAGCAACUUAUUACAAAGCUAUUGUUUCUAUAUGACAAAAAGAUCAGAUUUUUAGCUUGUGCUACUGUUUACAGUAUUUCACUAUUGCUACAGGUUUUACUGACAAUUGCGUUUGCAAUGCUCUUCCACAUUACACAUUGUAUGACAAAUAACAAAGCAGCAGUGCUUCCUUCAUAACCACUGCAAAUUACAAUAAAAACGUUAACCCUUAAUGAAGUUCAUCUUGCUUGCUAUACUGAACUGUUCAACAAAAAGGAAGCCAAACAGUUGCAAAUAAGUGAGACAGAAAUAUGAAUGCUCUAUAGCACCUUUCAGUGCAUUUCUUGUAUACAUACUCUGUAACAAAAAUGUAUAAGUUGUUAAAGACUGCCAAUGGAGAACAAAAGUUUUUUUUUUUUCCUUUUUUUUUUCCUGUCUAGUUCCACAAUGCUGCAGCAUUUGCUAUGUGUGUCAUUACUUCCUAGAAUGAGUGCUGGAAUAAUGCUUAAGAAAAAGUGUCAAAACAAAGCUGUAGUAGUGGAUCAUUUUUAUGCAAUACCUGGCACACGGAGAGUGUAGCAGAUGGAGAGACACUCGCAACUACAAUCCUGCCAAAGCUGUGUGAGCCUUCUUCGUAUUUAUUGUGAGGAGUCGCCAGCUGUCCCUUUGAUGGCAUUUUUUCUACCUUAUUUUGCUAGCAACGGAAAAAAUUCUAAUGUUUGCCUUCUCUCUUCUAUUUUGUGGUCACAGAACUGUCUUGAAAAGAGAGAAAAAAUCCAAUUUGUAAUUUUUGUUGAACAGAUAUUGUUGUACUUGGAAAAAUGUGCUUUUUUGAUUGCAUUGCAAUAAAUAUGUACAAUAUUUUCAAAGUUUCUGA